AUGGAGAACGCGGCUCUGGUCUUGGAGGAGGAGUCGAAGGCUCUCGCGUUAGAGAGGGUUGCACUUCAGGAUCAGCGGAACCAGGAGGCAUUGGUUCUCAGUUGCAUUGAUGCGAGGCUGGGACAGUUGCAGGGGGUGAUGGUCGACUCCAUGGAAGGUGCUCAGAAGAAGCUGACAGACGAGGUCUCGCGGAAGAUAGACAACAUGUCGUCCGCGGUCUCGGCCACAACAGAGCGUGCCAUCACCACUAGCGGGGUCACCAAUGCACUGCACACAAUCGUUUACCUUGUUGCCGGGAGCCCGCCGCCGCGCAUGGACGCGGAAGAACAACACGCGCCGGAGGGUGCAGAACCCGGAGACACGGAGCAUGGGAAGCGGGCCGCGGGUGCCAAGGCGGAGAACCAGCGGGGGCCGAUGAGGCAGAGAGGUCCACAGGCAGCGCCCGUGGCAAACGCGAUGCCGACGGCGACAGUAGGCAAGGGCAAAGGGAAGGCAGAGGUGGAGGAGCUGGCUACAACUGGAAAGAGGGUUGUGAAGCUUGAGCACAAGAGCAAGAAACGCGGCCGCGGUGCCAAGAUGCCGCCUCCUCCUCCAGUGUACACCAUCGACGAGGACGGUGAGGAGGAGCUGGAGAAUCUCUGCAAUUUGUGGGUCGGGCCGACCGGAGACGGAGGUGAACAGGGUGGCGAGGGCGGACAGGCCGCGGUCGAGGUUGAUAGCGACGGGGAAAGUGCGGACGAGGAAGAUGGCGACACCCUGGUGGUGACAGUUGGCGAAACGGGUGGACAGGGUGACACUGGCCCUGAGCGCAGGGGCUGUGGUAUCCGCCCUCCACCCAGGGGUGGACCAGGCUUGAUUUCUGAACUGCACUUGGGGGGGAAGAAGCGUUGGCUAGGACAGGGAGAGCGCAAGGACCUGCAAUAUAAGACCGCGGUCGCAAUGAUGCCGUACGACCUGAAGGUGGACCCCAGCCUUAACCUGACCCCCAAGCAGCUCCGAUCGUGGGCCGCGGACUUGUUUGCUGCCAUGGAGUUACAUACGGGCCUGCUCAUCACCAUGCACUACCGCGAUAGACAACAGAACCCCAAGUACAUUGCGAUCGAGAUACUUAUGCAGUGA